AUGACGGCCGUCCGCACGUGUGCGUUGACGUCCAACUCGAGCGGGUGCGGCGAAUUGGACGGAUCGGUCAUGAAAAACUCGGACUACGUCGCGCUCGGGAAGGCGCGCCAACUCGACAUUGAAGGGUACUGGAAGGUCUACGAGGCCAAGUACCAAAAGUCGCAAGCUGACUUGUUUGAGCACUUGCAAGGCAACCACAUCAACAGCUUUACGGACCUCGAUCCAGAAGCCAUGGCGACGUACGACCAAUUUGUGUUUCAGUACACGUUGGGCCAGAGCGGCAAGCCGUUCCAGGGCAAAAAUUACUUGGUCAACACGUCGGCGGCCAUGGGCGACGGCGUCGCGUUCGUCGGGCGGGACUACCUCCCGCUCACCAACGGCGUCGGAUUCUGCGACUACGUGUGGGGGUACUCCAACUUUAACUCGACCUGGUCGCGUGGGUUCAAGCUGAUCGGGCCGGGCGUCCAGAAGAAGGACGGCAUUCUCCGCGGGCUCAUCUACACGCAAGUGUCUGUGUCAGGCCAAGCGCUCAUCUUUGUCACGCGGACUGCCGGCAUCAACACGUGGUUCUUUGCCGAGAAGCCGUGCAACUUGCUCCUGUUUGCGUUUGUGAUUGCCCAAGUCGCGGCGUCCGUGAUCGGCGCGGUCGGGUUUGCUGGGUACCCGUCGGAUCGUGUGGCUGUGAUCGGGUGUGGCUGGGGCUACCUCGUCUUGGCUUGGUUGUGGUCGAUCUUGUGGCACUUUCCCCUCGACUUGAUCAAGUUUGCCGUCAACUACAUCUUGACCAACGGAUCGUACACCCAAACAGCGUUCACGUCCCGCAUCAACGCGGGCCAUCCGUCCAUGGCCCACAGCAAAGUCACGAGCGUCGCGCGCUCGAUCCGCGCCAGCCGCACGGCCGCGUAG